AUGAAUAAGCUUGAAUCAAUCACUCGCUCCCCUCAACAACAACAAUUUCCAAAUUUACAUUCAUUUGAUGGUUCUUGGAAGGCAGGAGGAACUGGAAAUAAUAAUAAUACUGGUGGUUGUUCUAUUGAUAAAAUGCCAUCACCAUUAACUCUUCAAUCCUUUCAAUUGGAGCAACAACCUACUACAAAUACUUUUGCUUUUAGAAAACCAACUGUCCAGGUUCAUCCAUUGCCUAUUCCACCUAGGCAUCAUUCAUCUGCAAGUUUAAUUUCUGAUUUAUUAAAUUCUUCAACAUCACCAAAGCCUUUAUUAUUAAAUCCUCCACCAUUACCACCUAAAAAACAAUCUUUAUUAGCAACACAAUUAUCAAUGGCAAAACAUUCAAAAUCAUUUAAUCAAGGUCAACAACAACAACAAAAUAAUGAUAAAUUUAAUUUUAAUGAAAAUUCUUCACCAUCACCUACUAAUAAUAUUUCACAACAAUUUUCUCAGUUUCCUCCUCCAAUGAAGCAAUUAAUAACAACACAAAAUUAUAAGAAUGAAAAUUUAAAAACAUCAUUAACAGACAACAAUAACCAACCUUCUUUAAUAAAUUCUUAUCAAUAUUUUUCAUCCCCACCUUCACAAACAACAACAAUUUCUUCAUCAACAUCAUCUUCUUUAAGUAGUUCACCUUCUUUAGCUUCUUUACAAAAUAGUUUAUAUUUUGCUAUUGAAAAUCCAGAAAAGCAUUCUAUUGAACAACUUAGGGAAUUGGAAAAACGUCGAAUUCAAUCAAUAGAAUCUCUGGCAAGAAAAGCAACUGAUCGAGAACAAGAUAAAGAAUUGUUAUUACGUGAUUUGGAUGAAAUAAAACAAUUAAUUGUUUCCUUAUUUGAAAGAAUUCAACAAUCUUCUAAUAAUAAAACAAAUAAUACUGAAUUAUUAAUUGAUCGUCUUCAAACUUUUUGUGAAGAAAUUGAAAGAAUUGCAGAUUUGGAUAUUUUAUUAAAUUGUCAACAAAAACAAUUGGUUGAUCAACAACAACCACCAAGGAUUAAACGGAAAAAUGGAAUUUCAAAAAUAAAUGAGAUUGAAAUGAGUGAAAAGGAAGAGUGGAAUCAACGACUACAAGAACAGAUCAACGAUUUACAAUCAAUACAAAAAUAUUUGAACAAAAGAGAAAAACAAUUAGACGCAGAAAUUGCUUAUGAAUUUGGAGGGGAUGUUGAAGCUUUACAAGAAUGGCUAUUUUGUAAAGAACAAUUGUUAAAACUUUGUAGUGAAAAAAGAUUACUUGAUGAAAAACUUAGGGAAGUUAAAAGAUUAAUUAAUUCUUUGGAAGAAAUGUGCCUUUUACCUGAAGAAAUUAAACAAGAAGAUUCGAAAGGAUCGAGAGAAGGAAAAAUAUCAGAAUUUAAAGAAAAUUUAAAAAAUUAA